AUGCUUCGUGAUCGACCCAACAGUACGUUCGAGAUACGUUUCGCAGCAUCGGCACGUGAUAAGCGGCCGUCAGCUCAAAAACAAACGAGCAGUCCGAAAAAGAAACGGAGGGUUGAACAUAAGAAAAUUUGGAUCAGUGAACUUCAGGUAAAUAAUCUCAGAUCACUUAUAACAGUUCUUGAUGAAAUCAACUUCUUCAAUAUAAAAUCAACGCCGGCUUGCCUGGUUGGGCUCUAG